UCGAUCCAAUCAAAAUGGCGCUUAUGUCAGUGACAUAUCUAUUGCAAUGCAAUGUUUUAUAAUCAGAUUUCUUUUUAUUAUAGCCUUUUCAAGUAUAAUUAUAGAAUAAAACAGUGAUUAUGUCGACUAAUAAUUUGUCAUCAGUUCUAAAAUCAUGUUCGGAGAGUGAAUUAAUAAACGAAGUUGCGGAUAAUAACAUGACACCAAAACAGGUGGAAGGAUCCCGACUAAAGAGGACCUUUACGUUGCCUCGCAAUCCUUUUGGUACCACUAAACCAGGUUCCAGCAAAAGUAAGAGCAACGAUAGCGACAAUAAGCAAGUGAGUGCCAGCUCCACAAUCGCAGAACCCACGAAGGACGACGGUGUAAUUGAGAGGAAGUUGUUUAGAAGGCCAUCAUGGAAACGAUUUCUGAACAAAAUAGCGCAACAUAUGAGCACCGUUAAUGUGUCCGGGGUAAAAUCAGCUCCAGCAGUCUUGAAUGGUGAGAGAGUUCCGUGCAGCGGUGACCCUCCAUGGCCCCCAGGCUCCACUCCAGCUGCUACAGGCAUCAAAAACCAUGGCAACACUUGUUAUAUGAAUGCUGUAUUGCAGUGUCUUUCACAUACUGAUGUUAUUGCAGAAUAUUUUGUGCUAGAUCAUUACAAGGUAGACUUACAAAAGAGGAAUAAAAUUAACUCAAAAAAAUAUGGCACAAGGGGGGAAGUAACGGAACAACUAGCAACUCUUCUAAAAGCUCUCUGGGCUUGUAGAUACACACCUGACAUGAGUACUGCAUUCAAGGGUGCAGUGGAGAGGCAUGGCAUGCAGUACAGAGGGAACAGCCAGCAUGACGCGCAAGAGUUUCUUUUUUGGUUGCUUGAUAAGGUCCAUGAAGAUUUAAACACUGCCACUAAAAAGAAAUAUAAAACCAUUAAGAACACAUGCGGUAAACCUGACGAGGUGGUUGCUGCGGAAACCUUAGCUAAUCACGCUAGAAGAAAUAGUUCAUUUGUCCAGGCAGUAUUUCAAGCUCAAUACCGGUCGGCAUUGACAUGCGCGAAGUGUGAGCGGACAUCGUGUACAUUCGACCCUUUCCACUGCGUGAGCGUACAGCUACCGCCCAGGCCGGCCGCUGCACAAAUCUCUCCCUUACCUGUUAAUGUUGUAUAUGUGAACCAACAACCCCGCCAAGUCCGCAUCGGCGUGGAGCUGAAGCCCAGCUCCACGAUGGAAGACCUGCGAGCGACCCUGCACACGGACACUGGCAUCGAACGUGACAACAUCAUUCUGGCUGAAAUCAAUGAAACUGGUUGGUGCGUGGCUCGCGCCGGGUGGGAGCCGGCGGGGCUGGACUUCGGCGCGCUGUACUGCAUGGAGGCGCCGCCGCUGCUGCAGACGCCCACUACGCCCUAUCUGCUCAUCCUCUGGGUCAACUUACUAGACGGGGAGCGUUUUGGAUCGCCUUACGCGAUGCAAGUGCCUCGCGAGACGUCGUACUUGGACCUGCAGAAGCUGCUGCUGAAGGAGAUGAGCGCGGUGGUGGCGGAGCUGGUGCUGGAGGGCGCGCAGGGCGCCGACAUCUUCCGCGCGCGCAUCGCCGAGGCGCACCGCCCCAGGGACCCCGCCUACCUGCAGCCCGAGCUUCCCCAUCCUUUGUUCGCUCUGGACGUAGAGCAGGCGCUGUGCGCGCACGACAAGCACCCGCACCUCCGACUCGAGCUGCUAUGGGACCCAGCGCACAGAGACAGUAUAAUCCGGGACCCGCUGGAGGCGUGCGAGGUGCACGUGUCGGCGCACGGCUCGGCGGCGCCGCUGACGCUGCACGCGUGCCUCGCGCACUACACGCGCGCCGAGCAGCUGGCGCAGGAGGACGCUUGGCGAUGCCCCCAGUGCCAGAGGUAUAUGCCGGUCGUUAAAACGCUCGGCCUGUGGUCGCUGCCGGAUAUCUUGGUCAUUCAUCUCAAACGGUUUCGGCAGCAAGCCAAGUGUCGAACGAGUACAAAGUUGACGACAAUGGUGGAGUUUCCCCUGAGCGACCUGGACAUGACGCCGCACCUGGCCCCGCGCGGCGACGGCCCCGCGCAUGCGCACUCGGCCGGACACUCGCGCUCCCCGCGCAGGCGCGCCUCGCGGCCCGGUGCGCCGCCUCACAACACCUACGACCUGUACGCCGUCUGCUACCACCACGGCGACGACCUCGAGACCGGCCACUACACCGCCGCCUGCCGCAACCCCUACGACGGCCGCUGGUACAAGUUCGACGACUCGCGCGUCACGCCCGUCGACGACGACAACGCCUACGGCGAGCUCGUCAACAACACCGCCUACAUGCUCUUCUACAAGCGGAAGAGACCCACCGUCGCUCCCGCGCACGCCGCGGACGACGGCGGCCACUGGGCGCUUCGAAUGCCGAAAUACGUGAAACGACCGAGCGAAACUCUCAACGAGAUCGCCGAGGUCAAGGACGAAGUCGCCGAGGACGCUAAGAUCGAAGCUCCCGGCGACGAGCCCGAGUCCGAGUCGGAGAUCACCCCGCCGACGCGCAGCCCCUCGGCGCGGAGCGUCGCCAGCCUGCCCGACGAUAGCGCCGCGGAGCCCCCCCCGGUCGACCCCGCGCCUGUCGUACAUAAUACCGCUAUUAUCCAAUCCCCGACUCUGCAGCGGCCGCUAAUAGUCGAGGUGAACGGCAACCGAUCGACCGGCAGCACGAGCGAGUGCGACAACGAAUCUAGCGCAUCCACCGAGCCGUAUAUCCAUAAAGACGUGCACAUAAAUCCGAAGAUGACGCCCGUCGACACGCGGCGGCCGCGCUCCGUGGACUACCCGCCGCGCGGGGCGGCCCGCGACGCCAACCGCAACUACGACAGCUCGCCGCUCGUGGCCAGCAUCAACGGCGUGGAGUACCACCCCACCACCGAGGACCUCGUGCUCACCAUGUUCCAGGACUCCAAGUACAUCGUUCCGCGCCACGCCAACAUCGCGGGGGAAUCUCAUAGAACAGGUGAAAAGUCUUCCGUUUGGAAAACUCGAAUAUCCACAUGAGAGCAACAGGUACCAUUGAAGGGUCAAAUGCGGUCCUACCCAUUAUUUAUUUCCUAUUUAACCAUAGAUCUGAUUGUUUUUUGUAGUUGACAGUUAAUUUAUUACGUUUUAUAGAGUUUGCAGUGAGAAUAUGUACGCGACUAUCAGAAUUUUGAUUAUUUACGAAUUACUCUGCAGCAAAGUAUGUACAUUAAAUCUCGUCAUAAAUGGUAUACUAAUAGAUUCCGGACUACUUUACAACAGUUUACAAAAUCAAGUUAAGCUCAUAUUUUGCCAAAUAAUACAUUUUGUUGCAGAGUGCUUUGUGGUCCAUUUAACGAAACUACAAUUUCUCGACGACCGUUCUGGCCUAGUGGGUAGUGACCCUGCCUGUGAAGCCGAUGGUCCUGGGUUCGAAUCCCAGUAAGGGCAUUUAUUUGUGUGAUGACACAGAUAUUUGUUCCUGAGUCAUGGUUGUUUUCUAUGUAUUUAAGUAUUUUUAUAUUAUAUAUAUCGUUGUCUGAGUACCCAUAACACAAGCCUUCUUGAGCUUACUGUGGGACUUAGUAUUUAUAUAUUUAUUUAUUAAUUUGAUCAGAAAGACCUGUCUAAACCCCUUUUUUUCUAAUAAAGUGCGUGUUAAACCAAUAAUAAUGUCAAUUAAUGUUGCCAGUUGAGGCUAGAAAGAUCAUGUAGAUUCGUGAAACGGACCAGUGAACUUUUAUAUUUAAUUUUUGAACAUGGAUUUUACUAUUUGGGAACUUUAUUAAUUCGUUAACUGAUUACACAUGCCAAAGAUUGGUUACUAAGAGCCGCAUAAUAUUGGACCAGUUUCGUAAAUUAAAUAACGUAAAGCAUUGUUGUGGUGUAGUGUCGUGUAGACUGUAGUUAGCGGGCGAUAUUAUCAAAUUUUCAUAACAAAUACCACACUAGUGCCUUGGCCCUUGGGAUGUUGUGAUUUUAAAAAUAUAAAACACCAUAUUUGCUGAUUUACAAUAGGUAUGUAUGUACGUAGUAAGAGUUAUAUUUGUAUAACGGUCGAUGUUGCACAAGACUCGUUCUAUCCAAGUGAUAUAAUACUGGAAUUGCAGUAGAUUUCGGUUGAGUAAUGGGAAUAUUAUUUGGCUAGCAGCUACCACCGGGAACGACUUGCAAGGUAUCAUGUGAUUUUAUGAAUAAUUAUAAUUUAUUUACGAAAUAUUGUAUAUAUUGGCUUUUAUACUUUGUUUCUACAGAUCACAAAUUUCUUACUGAGUUUAAAAAAUUGUAAAUACUGAAAAUAAUAUUUUCAUAUUUGCACAUAGGUUAGAUUAUGUAAGCUGCACUUGAUUGUGAAGGUUUUGUUUAUAAUUUAUGUUGAAACUGAUUUAUUUAAAAGACAUUGUUAUGUUAUAAGCGUAAAAGUAUCAGACUAAAUGGCCUAAACGGUACCUGUGAUCAUUUUGUCAGGGAUGCAUCGUGAUUCAUUAAAAAUAAACCUAUUAAUGUAUUUUGUCCCAAUACUCUGGAUAGUGACUCUUGCUGUGUAAGGCUGGCUCUCAUUAUUAAAUAAUUAUAGUUUUAUUUUUAAAUAAUUCGAAGAUAGACGACCAGUGUCAUAAACAUAUGCAUAUUUAAGGUUUGUUAUACAAUAGCAGCUAUUGACAUUAGGAAUUGUUUGAUCAGAUCUGCAUUAUAAUAAAUUUCAAGGUAAAUAUAAAAACAUCACAUACAUUCAUAAAACUUGAAGAUGCUUUAAUUCUCAAUCCAUGCGAUGGUCGUACAAUCUCCGAAUGUGUAUUGUGUUAUUUGUUUUAAUUUGAAAAUGUUUAUUUUACUUUCACAACGUUAUUUAAAAUAUAAGUGUUAUGUACCUACACGAA